AUGGCGUCCUCCUCUUUUCGAGAAUCAAUGAAUUCCUUGGGGUGGUCCAGAAGAGAUCCGGACGUCCCGGUCAAUACGUCGUCGUCAAAGCCCUUGUUGUCCAAAAUCUCGUCGCUCAAUCCGUUCGGAGGCAAAGGCUACGUCCAAUUACCCACACACGAGGCUCCAGGUGCACCACUACCGGCGCCGACGAGGAGAGAGGAAGAGGAGGGGUGGUUCGCAUUAAGUCGAUGGGACCGUUUGUUGAUCUUCGGUGGCUGCAAUCUCGCAGCGCUGGCAUGUUUCGUUAUCUGCUUUGCGUUGCUCCCCGUUUUGUCUCUAAAGCCACGAAAAUUCGCAAUUCUGUGGUCGGUUGGCUCGUUGAUGUUUCUUGCCUCAUGGGCCUUUUUGAUGGGACCGGUACAAUACACAACACAUUUACUCUCAGGCCCUCGUCUACCAUUUACAGCCGCUUACUUUGGUUCAAUCAUCAUGACCAUCUAUUUCGCCGUGGGUCUCCACUCCACGAUCCUCACUCUCAUUUCCUCGAUUGUGCAGCUUGUGGCGUUGGUGUGGUAUUUAGUCAGCUACUUUCCGAUGGGAAGUAGCGGCUUGCGCUUUGCGGCUAGAUUUGGCUCCAGUCGAGUCACCGCGUGGAUGAACGACUGA